GUUGGGACAACCGGGGCGAGAAACGUGAAGCACCUCCAUUGCCAGAUGCAAGUUCAGGUGGAAAGAGUUCAAAGAUUUCGGCCGCGACAGCGGAAGGCGAAGAGUUGUAUGUGUUGGACGAGCACUUAGAUCUUGAUUUCCCUGUCGACGAGGAAAUGGAUGCUUACUUCGAAGAUGUUGAGUUCGAGGACCAUGGGGAAUCGUGGCAUGGACGGGGUGAGAAAGACGGACCUCCGGAUUUGAGCCAGGAGGAGCUCGAACAAGUGGAUGUGGCCUCCCAGGCCCAUGAAGUGAAGCGAUUGGUUGAAAUGGGGGUGUUGGAGCAGGUUGAAGCUCUGCCCCCAGGUCAGUGGCAGCGAAGAGCGCGGUUGGUUUGCAAGCAGCUGAAGGAGCUCAUGGAAGCUUCAAUCAUUCGACGUGAAGGACAGCAGCCAGCGGCUGCAUGGUGGUCGGAACAGUUGACGGAGGAUUUGAAGGAGACCGGAUUGCUCCCAGAUGCGGCUUGUCCGUCUGCGUUUGGGGUUGAAGGUCUUGGGGUGAUGGUUCAUGUCGAUGAUGGUCUCUUGGGAGGAGAAGAGUACUACCUGGAGAAGGUGAGAACCCUUCUCGAGCGCAAGUACAAGCUUCAGGUUUCAGAUGUUGCAUUCAAUGUAUGUGAUGCAGUCAAGUUCCUAAAGAAGGAGUUUGUGAUAACCGAUGUCGGGAUUGAGGUCAAGGUGAGUGCACAUUACUUGGAGAAGAUCUUCGGCAUCCUUGACAUCAAGAGGCCUAGAACUAGGAGAACCCCAUGUUCAGCUGAGAUCACCCAGCCUGAUGAAUCGGAGGUGUGUGAUGAGGAGAUGGCGGGAAGGUAUCGUGGGGCCGUGGGCGGUUUCCUUUACCUUUCACCAGACCGUCCCGAUUGCCAAUGGGCCAUUGCACAUCUCGCAAGGGCGAUGAGCCGUCCGACGAUGAAGAUGUUCAAGCAUGCGAUCCACUUAGCUGAGUACAUGAUGAACACGAGGGAUGCAUGUCAAGUGUUUCGUUGGACGCCAUGGUUCUUCACUGAAGUCCGAUCGGGCGCCAGUGCUUUAGUUCUUUUCCUGUAG